AUGGCGAGUAUGAUAUCGUCAUUAUCAUCACCAUCAUUAUCAUAUUCUGAACAGUACUUGGCACGGAAUGUUAACACUGGUGAAUUAGCAGCAAUUAAAGUAAUAAAAUUGGAACCAGGAGAAGACUUUGCAGUUGUGCAGCAAGAAAUUAUUAUGAUGAAAGAUUGUAAACACCCAAAUAUUGUUGCUUAUUUUGGAAGCUAUCUCAGGCGAGAUAAACUUUGGAUUUGCAUGGAGUUUUGUGGAGGUGGUUCUUUACAAGAUAUUUAUCAUGUAACUGGACCUCUGUCUGAACUACAAAUUGCAUAUGUUAGCAGAGAAACACUACAGGGAUUAUAUUAUCUUCAUAGUAAAGGAAAAAUGCACAGAGAUAUAAAGGGAGCUAACAUCCUAUUAACAGAUAAUGGCCAUGUGAAAUUGGCUGAUUUUGGAGUAUCUGCACAGAUAACAGCUACAAUUGCCAAACGGAAGUCUUUCAUUGGUACACCAUAUUGGAUGGCUCCAGAAGUUGCAGCUGUUGAGAGGAAAGGGGGUUACAAUCAGCUCUGUGAUCUCUGGGCAGUGGGAAUCACAGCGAUAGAACUUGCUGAGCUUCAGCCUCCUAUGUUUGACUUACACCCAAUGAGAGCAUUGUUUCUAAUGACAAAAAGCAAUUUUCAGCCUCCUAAACUGAAGGAUAAAAUGAAGUGGUCAAAUAGUUUUCAUCAUUUUGUGAAAAUGGCACUUACCAAAAAUCCUAAAAAAAGACCUACUGCUGAAAAAUUACUGCAGCACCCUUUUGUCACACAACCUUUGACACGAUCUUUGGCAAUCGAGCUAUUGGAUAAAGUGAAUAAUCCAGAUCAUUCCACUUACCAUGAUUUUGAUGAUGAUGAUCCUGAGCCUCUUGUUGCUGUACCACAUAGAAUUCAUUCAACAAGUAGAAAUGUGAGAGAAGAGAAAACACGCUCAGAGAUAAACUUUGGCCAAGUGAAAUUUGACCCACCCUUAAGGAAGGAGACAGAACCACAUCAUGAACUCCCCGACAGUGAUGGUUUUUUGGACAGUUCAGAAGAAAUAUACUACACUGCAAGAUCUAAUCUGGAUCUACAACUAGAAUAUGGACAAGGACACCAAGGUAGUUACUUUUUAGGUGCAAACAAGAGUCUUUUGAAGUCCGUUGAAGAAGAAUUACAUCAGCGUUCAACCAUGAAAGCAAAAGUUCCACCUCCUUUACCACCAAAGCCUAAGUCCAUCUUUAUACCACAGGAAAUUCAUUCUACUGAGGAUGAUAAUCAAGGAACAAUCAAGAGAUGUCCCACAUCAGGGAGCCCAGCAAAACCAUCCCAAGUUCCACCUAGGCCACCACCUCCCAGGUUACCCCCACAAAAGCCUAUUGCUUUAGGAAAUGGAGUGAGUUCUUUCCAGUUAAAUGGUGAACGAGAUGGCUCAUUACAUCAACAACAGAAUGAAUACAGAGGCACAAACCUUUCAAGGAAAGAAAAGAAAGAUGUACCAAAGCCUAUUAGUAACGGUCUUCCCCCAACACCUAAAGUGCAUGUAAGUACUAAAUAUCAAAUAGGCUAAGUUUUCAAACUAAGAACAACAACAAAUAAUUGUUUGAGUGUGUAUCUUUAGCUAGAGGUUUUGCCUUUUUGAAAGAACCUUUAUUAUUAUCAAAAAAUCUAAGAUGGCUUAUUUAAAUAUUAUUUGAUUGCAUCGUAGGUUUUCAAAAUAAAAUUAUAAAUUAUACAUUUGAAAGCUCCUUUAUUCCAAAAUUUGAUAAUAUCUUCUUUGCAGCUAUGUUUGAAGAAAUGUGAAAAACGCACAUGGAUAUUCUAGGAAAUAUAAAAUGUAG